AUGGAGCGAAAUGUAGAGGAGGCUUUGGAGCGGGCAGGUGAUAUUAUUGAGACUGUCCAGCAGCAGCCCCCUCCAGCGAGACCCGCAUCUAAUGGGGAAAAAUCUCUUCAGGAAAAACUGUAUGACAUUUAUGUUGAGGAAUGUGAAAAAGAGCCUGAGGCAGAGGGCCUUCGGAGCAAUGUCAACUUGCUAGAGAAGCUGAUGAAGAGAGAAGCGUUGCCAUGUUUAGUGGUCAACCUGUACCCCGAAAAUCAGGGCUAUUCUCUCAUGCUCAAGGACAAAGAUGGAGCCCUUAUAGAGCCCCUUCCAGUGUCUUAUGUAGGACAGAAACUGCUUGAAUAUUUGGAUGCUGAAGAGUUACCUUCUUUUCUGAUUGAUGUCCUGGAAAAGUCUCCUGUGAAUGUUUUUCACCAUGGGUGUGUCAUAGCAGAAAUCCGAGACUUCAGGCAGUGCGGUAGCAUCUACCCUCCUGAGGAGCCUGGUCCAGAGCCUGCUGCGUCGUCUACUGUGCCCUCUCUUGCUUACCAAACUCGGCAUAUUCUCUUACGGCCAACCAUGCAGACUCUAGUGAGUGACGUAGAGUCCAUAACAAAUGACAACCGUCAGUGGACCCAGGAAGAAAAACUUGAGCUUGAGAGCCAACUGCUCUUAGCUACAGCAGAGCCACUGUGCCUGGAUCCCUCUGUUGCUGUCUCCUGCACGACCAACAGACUGUUGUUUAAUGAGCAGAAGAUGAUGACAGACUCCAUGAAACAAAGCUUCACGAGUCAUGAGUGGCCCUAUCAAGAACUGGAGGGAGAUAAGUAUAUACGUACAAGUCCUCCUGAUGUUACAACAAUGAUUGCGUGCAGAAAACGAGCAGAGAGAAAACCAGGUGACUAUGACCUGAAGAUUGCUGAGGCAGGAAAGUGUGUGGAUAUGUGGAAGCAGAGACCCUGUGAGUUGGUGGCCCCUUCAGAGGUGGACGUGCAGAAAUAUGCUAGAGGAAAGCCGUCCGUGUCCCACGAUGACUCAGUAUCAACAACCUGGCCAGCUCCGGAGGUAAAAUAUAGUUAUGUAUUUGAUUGUGAAGAGGGCAGUCAGCCAUGGGAAACAAAGCCAAGUAUGACUCAGUCCCUUAGUGACCCAUUUUUUUUCUCCUGA